CCCGGAUGGGCGGAGCCAAGUAGGAGGAAGCGGUAACAGUUGCCUGACAGCUUCUCGGAACCGGCGUCGAAUAUAAAACGUUUCCAGUACCGUCUUCACAGUGAACAAGUCCUUGCAACUCGUCUUAUCACCGAAGAAGACACGCUUGCUGUGCGAAAAUUCUUACUAUCAAAUAUAUCAAUAAACCAGCGUACGCGCAGGCCGGGCGACAUUUGAAUGCGAUAGUUUCUACUAAGACUGUAUCUGUGAAGGGCCCGGGGACUUAACUGGUAAACGACGGUGGGAUGGAGACGCAGAUCCAUGUGCCUAUCGGCUCACCGGUUAUACGAAGAAUUCCCAUUUUUGUAGACGAGCACGACGUGACGGAAGGUGCAAUGAAGCUCAUUAAAGAGCUGAGACCGGCGUGGGACAAGGACCAUGUCAAGACUAAGUUCUUCACUGACGGGACAACCAACAAGCUGGUGGGCUGCUACACGGAGGACAGCCCAGAGGACGUGGUCCUGGUCAGAGUGUACGGGAACAAGACUGAGCUGAUUGUUGACAGAGACAAUGAGCUUAAAAGCUUCCAGGUGCUUCAUGCUAAUGGCUGUGCUCCUAGUUUGUACUGCACCUUUCAAAAUGGCAUCUGCUACGAAUUCAUGCAGGGGGAUGCCCUUGGGACGCAGGACGUCAGGGAUCCUUCUUUGCUCAGACUGAUAGCCAAAGAGAUGGCUCGCAUCCACGCAAUCCAUGCACACAACGGAUGCAUCCCGAAACCAAACCUGUGGAUUAUAAUAAGAAAAUACUUCUCUCUUGUGGCCACAGAGUUCACAGACCAAGCCUCCAACAUCAGAAUCCAGAAGGAAGUGCCGAGCAAGGCGGUCCUGGAGCAGGAGAUAGUGUGGAUGAAAGAGCAUCUCUCCACGCUGGGUUCGCCUGUGGUGCUCUGCCACAAUGAUCUGCUCUGCAAGAACAUCAUUCACAACAGCAAAGAGGCUCAUGUUCGCUUCAUAGACUACGAAUACUCCAGUUACAACUACCAGGCCUUCGACAUCGGCAACCACUUCAAUGAAUUUGCAGGAAUGGCAGAGCCAGACUACGGCCUGUAUCCAAGUCGGGAGAUGCAGAUGGUCUGGCUGAAAUUCUACCUGCAAGCGUACAAACUUUUCACCAAGAAAGGCGAGGAGGUCAGCGCCAAAGAGCUGGAGACCCUCUACGUGCAGGUCAACAAGUUUGCUUUGGCUUCUCACUUCUUCUGGGGAUUCUGGGCCCUCAUUCAGGCCAAAUACUCCUCCAUUGACUUUGACUUCCUCGGGUACGCCGUGUUGCGCUUCAACCAGUACUUCAAGAUCAAGCCUGAAGUCAUGGCCUUACAGAUUCCAGAGUGACCGGACGGACACGGAUACGCGCGCCCUCCUCUUGGGGCCGCGGCGCAUAUUCGGACCGCCACUUGUUCUACACGGCACUUUUCUCUUCAACAAGCCUUAAAAUCUCCUUCAUUCCUCCUGAGUGUAGCUCAACAUUUGUCUCAAGUCUAGCUGGUCAACUGUUGGAACUCCCUGAGGUGA